AUGAUGGCGAUCAAGGGCUACUUCCGGGCGCCGGCGAUGCUGCAGGGGAGGAAGAGGAAGCAGCAGGCGUCGGAGCGGGGGCUCCGCGGCGUCGGCGGCGGCGGGGACGACAGCCUGGGCGCGGCGCUGCUCGACGAGGCCGAGCUGCCGGCGGUGCCCAGGGGCUACUUCGCUGUCUACGUGGGCGCGGAGGCGCGCCGGUUCGUCGUGCCCACGGCCUACCUCCGCCAGCCGGCGUUCCGGGAUCCUCAUGGAGCGCGCCGCCGAGGAGUUCGGCUUCGCGCAGGCCGCCGGCAUCCGCAUCCCGUGCGGCGAGGAGGACUUCGAGGCCACCCUCGCCGCGCUCGAGCUCGAGUCCGCCGUGGCGCGCCGGCGCCCCCGGCUCCCCACGGCGGCCGCCAAAUUGCCCGAGGCCAGGUCUCGGUAGCAAGCCAAGCAGCCAUGCGUGCAGAAUUUGCUGGCCAUGGAGAUGUACAAUGCAAGGAUUCUUUGCAGCUCAAGCUGACUUGA